CUUACUCUCUUCUCUACUCUGCUGACUCUAGUGAGUAGUGAGAUACUGAGAUGAAUUCGUCAAGAUAAUUAUUUACAGUUUUUGUUCAAGAAUUCUUAAAUGCCAUCAGGAGAUUCACUGUAGACACCAGUAAACAUCAUAAAUUUUACAUUCUUAAUUCAUAAUGGGUAAGAAGAAGAGAUCCCACCAAAACUCAAGCAAUAUUGUUGGAGAUUCAUCUGAGUCAGAAAGCAGCAAAGAUUCUACUCAACCAGGGGAAGCCACCAACAAAGCAUGCUGUCCUCACAUAAAUAAAUCUGUUGAGAUAGCAAACAUUAGGAAAAAUUUGAAAACGAGUCGAGACAAAAACACUCAUAACUUAUGUUCACUUUGUAAAAAAAAUGAAUCAAGUUUGUGUAAGGAUGGAUGGGUGUGUCUGAGAUGUGGCUCGUGCAACUGUGGACCGGAGGAGGAGGAUCAUAGAACUGACCAUUACAAGACUCCUCGCUCUGAUGCUCACUACCUGGCCUACCAGGUCAACAACAACCUCAUCUGGUGUUUUAUGUGUGAAAGAGAUAUUCCGAUCGAUGUAUCAAAGAAAGUUCAGAGUUGUGCUGAUUUUAUCAAGAAACAGUACAGUGAUAAUUUACCUUUCAGCCCAGUCCGAGUAGAAUCAGACUCGAAAAAAAUGAAUGGGACUGAAGGUUUAGAUUUCUUGAAGGAUGAUAUAACACCUAGGAUGGCAGCUCUAAAUAAGAGCAUUAAUAAAGAUGAGGUUAAACCUGUCUUAAGCCUGCCCAAAGUGAGGGGGCUGUCAAACCUGGGCAACACAUGUUUCUUCAACUCCGUGCUGCAGUGUCUCGCCCAGACCCCGGGACUAGUGGACUUGUUGAAGGAGAUGGACGUCCCUGGAGAGAAGUUCCCUGUGGACGUGAAAGGAGUCACCAUUGACGCUGUGCUAAAGAGACCCAAGGGCCCACUAGUGAGUGCCCCGCUGGCAGAUAUCCUGACAGAAGUGGCGGGGGUGCCUGGCGGUGGUGACUGUCACACAGUCAACCCUCGCAAGCUACUAGACGCCCUCACCUCCAAGUGUCCACAGUUUGAGGGUGGUGAUCAACACGACGCACACGAACUGUUGAGACACCUCUUGGAUUCUGUGCAUAACGAGGACCUCCGGAGGUACCAGAAAGCAAUACUUGACCACAUCGGCUACAACAACAACAACUUGGACGAGCUGGAGGAAGACAAGAAGAAGUUUGCCAAGUCAGUGAACCAGUUGGUGUGUGACACGAUCCCCAUCCGGCCUGACCAGGUUUUCAAAGGGUCGUUGGUCAGCAUCCUACAGUGCACUGUCUGCUACAACAAGUCCGAGCGGGAAGAACCGUUUUUGGACCUUAGUCUUCCAGUUGCCCAAGAGAAGGCUCAACCUCCGACUGUCCGAAAGAAACAAAACUGCAACAGCCCUGUGGAGGAGGAACAUGGUUCUCUUGAGCGGAAGGAUACUAAAUCAAAACAUCAACUGAAGAAGGAAGCAAAGGUGGCAAGAAAAAAUGCUAAGAGACAAGGCAAGAAAGAUAAAAAUGGAGAAUUCACCAUUGAGGAAGAAGAUAAAAAAGAUUCCAAGGAUGGAGAGCAGAGUGAUGCGGACGUGGAGGACAACGAAGACAACGCCUGCGAGGAACAAGAUCAGAAAACAGAGAUUGUAGAGUCUGGAUACAGCUCAGAAAAACAGAUGUCCGCCCGGGGUAGUCCAGUUACAACCCAGAGUCCCGAGGACGAGAAAACUACAACAUCGCCUGUGCUGCAGAAUCAAGCCAGUAAUGUGAUACCAGGCGUGUACUCAUCUGAGGACCCUGAAACUCUACUGGCCAAGAGAGCAGAGUCUGGUCUAGGAUCCAUCCAGGAGUUGACAGUAGCAAUACCAGAAGAAAUAAACACAGAGUGUAACAGUCAAGACUCUGUACGAGUCAACGCCUCCAACGGAUCUCCGGAUAUAAGCUCAGACAGUCAACAAAGUAGUUUUAGAAACGUAGACUUGUCUUUGUCGAGUUCCUCAGAUUACAAACUACCUCCGAGCAGUGACAGCCAGGUAGACCGCAACACGAUGAUCUAUGAUUGGAACUGCAGCGGUGAUGUGAAAUUGCUGAGUCAAGACAGUAGUUCGUUGAGUGUUUCACUCAGUCCUCUGUGCGGAUCUGGAUCACACUCACAGAAGAACAGUCCUGGUAGUAAUGACAACAUGAGUAUGUGUGCUAGUCUGCAACACAGCAACGAAAUGUCCGUCUGCAACAGCCUCCCCGAGAAUGUGUCUAUGAUUCUCAACAGUCCGGUUAAAAGUCGAGAAGACAACAGUGGUAGCGACGAGAGACCGGAGUCGAGAAUGGAAUGUCGGAAUCGAAGCAGUCCUGUGGAACCCAGAGAGAUAACGGAAUUGGACUCUGGACUGUUAAAACUCUCCCUGGAGGGAAUGACUUGUGCUGAUAUGGACACUGAUGGUGCAGAGGAUGUGAAAGUUGACACAGCUGAUUCUCCAACACACGUCGGCAGUUUCAAGGGUGCGAUCCCUCUCCCCCCUCCUCAACCCCCUACACAGCUGUUCUCUGCCCCGUAUACGUUUGUACACCCCUCUCCUUCUGUGCCGUCUCUUCCUGCCAUCCCUCGAUACUCCCCCUCUACCUCAACGUCCUACUUCCCCAGACAGAGGAUCGAAGAGGGCGAAUGCUCACUGCAUUCUUGUCUCACCCAGUUCACCUGCAUCGAGGUGCUUGCCGGUGCCAACAAAACACACUGCGAAGCUUGCACUGAGCGGCUCAACAAAGGUAAUAAAGAAGGCAAGCCAGUUUACCAGAACUCUACCAAACAACUGCUCAUCAGUAAGCUACCUCCAGUCAUCAUCUUUCAUCUGAAGAGGUUCCAGGUGCAAAGAUGUUCGUUUAAGAAGAUAUCACGGCAUGUCGACUUCCCUCUAGUACUGGACGUAGCACAGUUUUGUUCCAUAAAUGAGAAUGAACCAAUUCUCUAUUCAUUGUACGGUGUUGUCGAGCACAGUGGAACUCUACAUGGAGGACACUAUGUAGCCUAUGUCAAGGUUAGAUCCCACGCAGACCGAAGACCAGGACAACCUCCGCCAGGACGAUGGUAUUACAUCAGCGACUCCCGCGUUAGUGACGUCGACGAAAAUACCGUGCUCAAGACUCAAGCUUACCUCCUAUUUUACGAACGAAUAUUCUAGCUCUAAGUAGUUAUUUAUUUGUAAAUUUGAUAAUAUAUUGUAUACAUGUAAUUUAUUGUUUAGCGGAUAUACAUACUUGUACAGUAAUAGUGUGUCCUUUACUCAAAUGGGAAAGUGGAAACUGAAUACCUCAUCUCGAUUAUCUCAUUUAAGCGGAAUCGAUUACGUCGUAUAUUGGUAUCAAUUAUGUUGAAGGUUUUUAAUUUUUGUUGUAACUUGUUAUUUGUUGACUUUUGAAUCAAGGUAUGUUCUUUUACAAGACAUUAAUGAGAUUAGUUUUGCUGAAAUGUGUGAUCGUACUUCACAAUGUCCUGAUCAUUGGUUGUUUUAUGUUUAAGAGGUUUCAGGUAAACUCGCCACUUGUUGAAUGGUAACUGCUAGGAUCGUAGGAUCACAAGACUGACUAUCAUCUCUCACUCUCCAUAAUGUGGUUGUUAGUGCUAGUAGCCUAUUAUAACUCAGUGGUCAUAGGUUUUAUACUGAUCAGUGAUUAAUCUAACGAGUAUUGUGAUUUUUUAAAUCUUUUUUUACUGACAACUUAUAUCGCGCAAAUGAUCAUCACAAUGUUGUCGUCAAUGUGACUUGUGUGUCAAAAUGUCUAUAGGAUAAAAUGUGAUACUUUGUUUAAAAAUUAAAGUUUUUACAAACUAUAUAAAACACUGGGUGUUAUGUUUUAGAAUUUGUUUAUGUUUACUAUCAGCUUUGUGUAAUGAGAUAUCCUAAUUGCUCAAAAGCAAAUGAUAACUUUGUUUGAAAAACUUGUUUGGACAAAACUGAUUUUAUCUGAAGGUAAUUUUUUUAAGCAGCUUCAUACGUUUUGUGCAUGUAUUUAUUUGUUUUAAUUUUUAUUAACUGUAAAUUUGAGUAAAAAUUUAGUAAUAUGAAUGAAACUAUAAUUAUAUAACUUGCACUAAUUUGGAAGUUAUGUAAUUUUAAAUUGAAAUAUAAAUUAUUAUUUUGUAUAUAAAAGAUUGUAU